AUGGCUCCAAAUAUCACCACCGCCACCACCAUGGUCCCCGCCACCAAGGCAGCCAGUGGGCCCAGCAGGGCUUACGUCACCUUCCUGGCCGGCACUGGUGACUAUGUGAAGGGUGUGGUUGGCUUGGCCAAGGGGCUAAGAAAAGUGAAGAGCAAGUACCCUCUGGUUGUGGCCAUCUUGCCAGAUGUCCCCAAGGAGCACCGUCAGAUCCUGGUCUCCCAAGGCUGCAUAGUGAAGGAGAUCGAGCCUGUGUACCCUCCGCCCAACCAGACUCAGUUCGCCAUGGCCUACUACGUCAUCAACUACUCCAAGCUGCGCAUUUGGGAGUUUGUGGAGUACAGCAAGAUGAUCUACUUGGACGGUGACAUCCAAGUUUUUCAGAACAUUGACCACCUGUUUGACUACCCAGAUGGCUACUUCUAUGCUGUGAUGGACUGCUUCUGUGAGAAAACUUGGAGUUCCAGCCCACAGUACAAGAUUGGGUACUGCCAGCAGUGCCCUGAUAAGGUCCAGUGGGCCCCUGAGUUGGGCCCAAGGCCUCCUCUCUACUUCAACGCUGGCAUGUUUGUGUAUGAGCCAAGCUUGCCCGUUUACCAUGACCUCCUCAGAACCCUCCAAGUUUCUCCCACCACCUCUUUUGCUGAGCAGGACUUUCUGAACGUGUUUUUCAGGGACAAGUACAAGCCCAUCCCUUCAAACUACAACCUUGUUUUGGCCAUGCUCUGGCGUCACCCUGAGAACAUCCAGCUUGACCAAGUCAAAGUUGUUCACUAUUGUGCUGAUGGUUCUAAGCCAUGGAGGUAUACUGGGAAGGAGGAGAACAUGGAGAGGGAGGACAUUAAGAUGCUGGUAAAGAAAUGGCGGGACAUUUAUGACGACGAGUCAUUGGACUUCAAGAACAUUGUGGCUGCAGCCGCGGCUGGAAAUGGCGCAGACCAGGUGGACCUGCAGGCAUUCAAGGCUGCUCUGUCGGAGGCUGGCGUUGUCAAUUUCAGAACCGCCCCAUCUGCUGCUUAG